CUCACCGCGCGCCCGCCCGCCGGGGCCUGUGCGCUGCGGCGCGUGCGCGAGCGGUGCAGCACCGGCCGCGGGAGCAGGGAGUAUUAUGGGCUGUGGGUGCCGCUGAGCAAGAUGGAGCUGUCUGCAGUGGGCGAGCGGGUCUUCGCGGCCGAAUCCAUCAUCAAACGGCGGAUCCGAAAGGGUCGCAUCGAGUACCUGGUGAAAUGGAAGGGGUGGGCCAUCAAGUACAGCACUUGGGAGCCCGAGGAGAACAUCCUGGACUCGCGGCUCAUUGCAGCCUUCGAGCAGAAGGAGAGGGAGCGUGAGCUGUAUGGGCCCAAGAAGAGGGGACCCAAACCCAAAACUUUCCUCCUGAAGGCACGUGCCCAGGCCGAGGCCCUCCGCAUCAGUGAUGUGCAUUUCUCUGUCAAGCCGAGUGCCAGCGCCUCUUCGCCCAAGCUGCACUCUAGCGCGGCCGUACACCGGCUCAAGAAAGACAUCCGCCGCUGCCACCGCAUGUCCCGCCGCCCCCUGCCCCGCCCCGACCCGCAGGGGGGCAGCCCCGGCCUGCGCCCACCCAUCUCGCCUUUCUCGGAGACGGUGCGCAUCAUCAACCGUAAGGUGAAGCCCCGGGAGCCCAAGCGGAACCGCAUCAUCUUGAACCUGAAAGUGAUCGACAAGGGCGCGGGGGGAGGGGCCACCGGGCAGGGGGCCGCGGCUCUCGCGCGCCCGAAGGUCCCCUCGCGGAACCGCGUCAUCGGCAAGAGCAAGAAGUUCAGCGAGAGCAUCCUGCGUAGCCAGAUCCGCCACAUGAAGUUUGGCACCUUCACGCUGUACAAUAAGCCCCUGCCCGGCCCUCUGCCUCCCCCGCCGGCCGGCAAGACCGACAUUGCCGCCUCCCCCAGCCCGGGGCUGCUCCUGGCGCCCCCUACGGCCACCUACGAUGCUCGCAGCUCCAGCUCCUCCGGCUGCCCCUCGCCAGCACCGCAGUCCUCUGACCCCGAUGACACGCCCCCCAAGCUGCUCCCCGAGACCAUGAGCCCGUCUGCCCCCAAUUGGCCUGAGCCCGAGGUGCUCGACCUGUCCAUCCCUCCGGAGGCGGCAGCCACCAGCAAGCGGGUGCCUCCCGAUGUUACUGCGGCCGCUGGCCCGGCACUUCCCGUGGCCCCCGAGCCUGUCAGCGCCUCCUCCGAGCCUGAGGCUGGGGACUGGCGCCCCGAGAUGUCACCCUGCUCCAACGUGGUUGUCACCGAUGUCACCAGCAACCUCCUGACGGUCACCAUCAAGGAAUUCUGCAACCCUGAGGAUUUCGAGAAGGUGGCUGCUGGGGUAGCAGGCGCCGCAGUGGGGGGUGGCGGCAGUGGGGUGAGCAAGUGAGGGGGCUCCACCAAGGAGGGGGGCUUUGGGGGGGCCCUCCUGCCCAAAGGCGUACUCUUGCUCCCGCUCCCGCCCUGCCUUCGGACACCUCUGCCUGUGCUUUGCUUGUUUCAAAUGGCUCAGUGUUGACCCCGGGAUGGGGCUGGGCAGUUGGAGCCCCCUGAAGCCCAGUGGGAGGGGCAGUCCUAGAACAGGGAGGAGGGAGUGAGGGGCACUGGGUGGUCUUCCCUCUUGUCUCUUGGCACCCUCCCUGCCUGUGCACGGUGGGACCUGCCGAGUGCCUCCUGGGGGUUCAGCUGCCCCCUCCACAUCCCACCCUGUCUCUCCCAAGCUUGCUUCCAGCUCUCGCACACAGCAUCUGAUUCCUCGGUGCUAACCCGGCAGCUGCAGGGCCCUAGGAGACCCAUGCCCAUGCGUGGGCACCAUCCCUUUCCUUCUUCCAGAUGCCCGGGCAGGGAUGGCAAAGCCGGGACAGAGGUUGAGGUGAGGCUGGCCUCGGCCCCUCCCUCCACAUUGAAGGAGCAGGCUGGAGGCAGGGGUCUUCCCGCCCACUUUUGGACGAGACCCAAGCAGGCCCCCUAGGCCCCGCCCCACCCCAUCUCUCUCCUAAUCCCCGUCUCAAAGAUGGGAAGAGCUGGCGAGGACCUCACCCUGCCACAGCCUCCCAGCAUCUAAAGGCCCCUUCAGUUCUCGACCAAAGGUGCUACAGGAACCUGCUGUGGAAACUUCCGACUGUGCGUGUGCGUCUGCUGCCCCUUGGCGUGUUUGUAUGUGUAUCUGUAUGUGCAUUGGGCACUGGGCCCAAGCUUUCCAGGCGGCACCCUUUAGGGUUUCUCAGAAUAGGGUCUUCAAAGGCCUGGACCUUCCCUGCCAUCCCCUGGUCCUGGGAGCUGGCCCAGGUCUGAGGAGUUUGCUGUGGAGGCACCAGGCCCAUCCUCCCGCCCGGGUGUGCUGGGCGCACACCCCCCAUGCCCUGCUCCUUCCGGGUGGUCAGCCCCGCCAGUCAGGCCUCGCUGCAGGCAUGGCCAGGUGGGGACUGAGGUAGAGAGGGGAGACCCCACCCUGAGCUUCCUCUCCUCCCUGGUGUUUGAGGGGGAAGAGGAAGACUGGAAACUUCCCGAGGGUCAACAGCAUCUCCCACCCCCUCUUCGGCUUCUCACCGCCAAGGCUGUCUCACAGCCCGGCUGCUGGAAGCAGCGGGAGGCCUCUGGUGCCUGGGGCCGCGUCUCCUUCCUUUUGCUGCCAGGGAGCUGAGGUGGCCGUGCCAGCGACAGAGACCAAAGCCCUUGUUUUAGGCCAGGCACCGGGAGGGUAGGCAGGCCAAAGGGGGUGACCGAAGAGGGAGCCUAUGUUGUUCGGGAGAGCGAGGGUAUUCGGGACCAGUGGUCUGGUGCGCUGUGGAGGCAGCCCCACUGGCCAGCCCUGGCUACUGCCCAGUCUCCGUUUGGCCUGAGUGGCAUGUCCCUGCGCGUGGCUCAAGGUGGCUUCCUGGUGUGUGCAGCCACAGGGGUUUCAGCUCAGAACAUGAGGCAGGGGGAGGCAGAAAGCAAAUGCAGUUAGGUGACAAACACCUGUGUCCUAAGUGUGGGAGGACACUUUCUUCCAAAUCUCCCUGCCAGGGGCUGCGGCAUGUCCCCGUUCCUCUCCACCCCAGGAUAGAAUGAGGGCCCUCGCAGGGUUUGAGGGGCUGGCACUCCUGGACCCCCCCCACCCUGCCCUUUCUGUUGGCUCUGUGGCCAUCCAAGUGCCAAUUGGCUUCCCCCCAAAUAAGGGCUGGUAUUUCUCCUCUUCCCCAGAGGUGAUUUCCCCCUGACCCCUCACCCCAGGUGCAACCACCUGGGGGCCCGUUACAGGUGUUUCCAGAGACCAUAGAAAUGUGUUUUCCUGAGAGUCCGUGUCAUUUGUGACUUUUUUUGUAAAGAAGUUGUGUUUUCAGAGGUGAUUUUAUGACAGGAAAGUGAAAGAAUUAGUUUUGCAAAAAAAAAAAAAACAAAAAAAGAGAAAAAAAGAAAAAAGAAAUAGAAAAAAAUAUUGUGGGAUUCCUAUGGGGUUAGGGGAGGGGGGAGAAAGAAAUAUUUAAAGAAAAACUAGUGACGCAGUGAUUGCACAGGUGAGGUGGCAAUGUUAGGAUGGAGAUGGAGACCCAGGCCCGACCGGCAGGUCCCCGGGGUCAUGGGUGCCUGGGGUCGUGGCCGACUGCCCUUCCUCAGCCCGAGGCAGGGUGGGCCCUCCCUCCUGUCCCGGGCCCAGACUCUGCACCCGUCCUUGCUCAAAGGGAACGAUGACAGCUGGUCCCAAGGGAGCUAUCCUGAAGCUGCAGGGGCCAGGCAAAUGGAGAUGAGAUUUGGGGAGGUGGGGGUCAGCAGGGGUGGCGCUGUCGGCGGGACCCAUCGUUGGUGACUUUCUGCAGAAAGACUGGUGAGUAAGUACAGUUGGGUUUCUUGCUCUCCUUCUUUCCUUUGGCAGCUUGUUGGGCCAUCUGGUCCCUACCACCGCCACCCAUAGAGGGCAUCUCCCUCCGUGUCACCCCAAAGACCAUGACACCACUGAGCCUCACUGGCCAGGUGGAGGAUGCAGGCUUCAGAAAGACAGGAGCUGUGGACCCUGGGAGAAUCUUAGGUGGCGAUGCUGAGGGAUUAGGGGGACCGUGGGGAGAAGGGAGCGCCUGCCCUUCUCUCUCUAGAGGCGUGCUGCCGCUCCACCCCAUCCUGCCUGGGCUUGAGCAGAGGCACACAGCCACAGCGCUCUGGGUGGGCAGCUCCCCUGGGGGCUGAGAGGACCAGGGGUCCGGUGCAAGCAGAGCCCUCCUUACCUCUCCCAGGGUGGCUCUGGCGGGGGCCCACAAGCCCGCCCACACUCUUGCACACAUCAGCCUCCCAUGGGCCCUUCCUCCCCCCUUGCUGCUUCUCCAUUUGCCUAAUUACCAAGCAGAAGUUAUAGUCUGGUUUGCUUUAUUUUUAUAUGUGAAAUACCCCCAAAGUCUGACCUCCCAUGUUCAAUAUUGACUGGGGCAUCGGUCAUCUCCCCUUAAUGCCCCCCCACCUUUGUGUCAUAGGAAACAGGCGAGGUCUGGUUUGAGAUGGGAAAUUGGGACCCACCCCUGUCUGAUUCCCCUUUCUGACCCUCAGUGUGCCCUUCUGUGAAAUGGGUGGAUGGGUGGCGAGGCCUCUUCAUAAAGCACUGCUGGUGUCCAGGCAGCUGCUGAGGAUUAGGUGGUGGGCGAGGUUCCUGGUGCGGGGCCUCCUGCCUCCCACAGCCCCCCAUCAUUCUCACCCUGCCAGAGGGUCAGGGUUGAAAUGAGCUCCAUCCUUUGCUCUGGAAAGAGGUGAUGAUCAAGUCCCUGACCUCAGUGUGAGGUGAGUGGAGUGGGAGGGAAGUUGGAGCUCUGAGAGGCAAAGCUGCUUCACUGGGGUGAAGGACCCAGCUGCUCUGGCCUUUGGGGGAUAAAAAACCUUCAAAAGGCAGGGGCCCAGGCCCUGGAGCCACCACUAAGCUGGCGGGCUACCCUGGAGCCAGGCAGUCCUGGGUGAGGGGUCAGCCCAGAGGAGGGGGUCUGGGCUGCCACCAGCCUCUGUAGCCUUUGGGGACCCAAGUGGACGCACCACCUUUCCCUCCUCAUUGGGUUUUGUUGGGUUUUUUGGGGUUUUUUUUGCACUUGGCCCACGCCUGACAGUGGAGCCCGCCCAGUCAGUUUCACUUCGGGGCUCCCAUGCACUAGCCCAAGGCAGCCUCUUGGGGGCUUGUGUGGUUUAAGGAAUCACUUAAAAAAGAAAAAAAAAAGGAAAGUGUUUAAAGGUGUUUUUUUCCCCUCUAUCUGCAUCUCCUGUCUGAUUCAGAAAGCUCAGAAUUAGGGGCUAAAACUCCAGCAGAGGGUCUCCCCAGCCUGACCCCAUCUUGCUGACAGUCACCAAGAUGCCGAAAUAGGGGGACAGGCUGGGGAGGGACUGAGGACCCCACCUCCCAGGCCUUGUGGGGUCCCCUUCAUCCUUGAAGGAGUCAGCACCCCACUCCAACAGUGAGUGAGUGCCUACUGUAUACAGAGCUGCAGCUAGGCAAAGAGGGGGCUGAUAGUCUAACAGGGGCGCCCCUAGCAAGAGGCCAAAGCAGAAGGAGCAAAGAGCUCGGAGGCCUGCCCCUGCCGUUGGGCUGAGUGCAGAUGGAGACUUCUUUUUGUUGAUUUUAAUUUAAAAACACAAAAGGCCUAAAGAAAUGUAUCUUAUAAUUUUUUUAAUUUUUGAAAAGCUCAUUUAAUGAAUUGUGCACGAAUGAAUUCUAUAUAUAUAAAAUAUACGUAUAUAGCUCUAUAUUUGGGGAGGGGCUGUGUCUCUUUUUUCUCUUUCUCAUUUUAAAAAUGAAGUGCUGUUGUUGCCUUUGUCUGUGGUUCAACCAUCCAGCGCCCAGCUGGCUAAACUUUGCCUCGGUGGUUAAAGAUAGGAGACUUAUGGCAUUGGCGGAAGACCAGAGAUGGAGAUGGCGCCCCGGCGUGGGGCCCCAUGCAUCUGCCCCGCUCCCAGAGGUUGCUGGUGGAGAAGACGGCUUGUUUCGGGUGUGGGUUUUGGUUCUGUUGUUCUGGAUUCAGUUGUUUCUGGGCCGGGGGAGGGGGGGGUAUGUGCCGGUUACUCUCGUCUUGUACGUUUUGUUCUGCUGCUCUUCAAUAUUGUAUCAAUGCCAGGAAGGGGGAGUGAAAGGCCUUUUUUGCCCCCCCAAAUAAAUUGUCACAUUCCGAAGCUGA